AUGAGAAACCACACAACAACCACAUUCAUCCUGCUGGGACUGACUGAUAACCCACAACUAAAGAUGGUGAUUUUCAUCUUUCUGUUUCUCACCUACAUGUUGAGUAUAACUGGGAACCUGACAAUCAUCUCCCUCACCUUCGUGGAUUCACACCUUAAAACUGCCAUGUACUUUUUCCUACAAAAUUUCUCCUUCUUAGAAAUCUCAUUUACAUCUGCUUGUAUUCCCAGAUACUUACACAGCAUAUCAACAGGUGAUAAGACAAUUACAUAUAACAGCUGUGCCACGCAAGUUUUUUUUACUGACCUCUUUGGUGUAACAGAAUUUUUUCUUCUGGCCACCAUGUCCUAUGACCGAUACGUAGCCAUCUGCAGACCCCUGCAUUACGUAACCAUCAUGAACAACAGGGUCUGUGGAAGAUUCGUGCUUUGCUGCUGGACAGUAGGCUUGCUCAUCAUACUCCCACCACUCAGCCUAGGCCUAAAUCUGGAAUUCUGUGACUCUAACAUUAUUGACCAUUUUUUCUGUGAUGCAUCUCCCCUCCUAAAGAUCACAUGUUCAGAAACAUGGCUCAUGGAGCAGAUGGUCAUCGUCUGUGCUGUGUUGACCUUUAUCAUAACCCUUGUAUGUGUAGUUUUAUCCUACACAUACAUCAUUAAGACAAUUCUACGAUUCCCUUCUGCUCAGCAAAGAAAAAAGGCAUUUUCUACCUGCUCUUCCCACAUGAUUGUGGUCUCCAUCACCUAUGGAAGCUGUAUCUUCAUCUAUGUUAAACCUUCAGCAAAGGAAUCAGUGGCUGUUAACAAGAGUGUGACAGUCCUCACUACUUCCGUCGCACCGAUGCUGAACCCCUUCAUUUACACCUUGAGGAACAAGCAAGUAAAACAAGCCUUCAGCAACUCAAUAAAAAGAAUUUCAUUGUUCUUAAAAAAGUAA